ACCACUCUCCUUUCAUAAACCAUUAAACCCAUCCGCAACUUCUCUCUCUCUCCAUGGUAAUCUCUGCUCUCUGCUCGAACCUUCUCUGCACACGUGGAUCCCUCAAAUUCUCUCUCUCUCUCUCUCUCUCUGGCUAUUUACUUAAUGCCCCCAGAAACUUACUUAAUUUAAGCCGGUUUGGUGAUUAGUUGGUCUGGGCUAAGGGCCUGUUUUGUUUAGCUUCAAAACCUCCAUUCCAGCCCAAUUGAAAAAUAUCUCCUUCUCACGUAACUUACGUUGAAAAGCGAGUAAAUUCAGUCUGAGGAUUUACUUAAAGAGGCACUAAAUUAGCACUGGUUGCCAAGUUCCAAGAAGGUUCCUUAAUUCAUGGCUUUUGAGCACUACGUUUCCCAGGAAUGGAAAACCAUCCCAAACCCUGAGACAGAGACAGAAAAUUUGGAUGGUUGUUUUGAUUGCAACAUCUGCUUAGAUUUUGCACAUGAACCAGUCGUCACCCUCUGUGGCCACCUCUAUUGCUGGCCAUGCAUCUACAAGUGGCUCCAUGUCCAAAGUGCUUCUCUUGCACCUGAUGAGCACCCACAAUGCCCUGUCUGCAAGGAUGAUAUAUCUCAUACCACUAUGGUUCCUCUCUAUGGCCGGGGCCAGGGCCUUGCCCAUUGUGAUCGUGAUAGGAAAGCAUCCUAUAGAGACAUCUUUAUACCUCCAAGACCACCUGCAUUGGGUGCUCAAUCUUUGUUGCCAACAUCAUCUCAAAAUGGUCAGCAACUUCCAUAUCGCAAUCCUUAUCAGACUCAGCAUUUCGACCCUCCUUUAUACCAAGAAGAGGAUGACUCAUCAUCACAAAUGCUCAAUCUUGGGGCCACCAUCACACCAGGAUUCCCCCACCUUGUGGUUGGGAUGUUUGGGGAAAUGUUUUAUACCCGAGUCUUUGGGAACUCGGAAAAUUUCUACACCUACCCAAAUUCUUAUUACCUGGUAGGAAGUAAUAGCCCUAGGUUGAGGAGGCAAGAGAUGCAGGCAGACAAAUCAUUGAACAGAAUUUCAAUUUUUCUUUUCUGUUGCUUUCUUCUGUGUCUUGUCGUCUUCUGAGCACGAUUGAGAUUAUUCUCUAUUUCCCUUUUGUAUAAUUUGUAAAGAAGAAUGGGUGUAAGCUUAAGAACGGGAUAGAUUGAGGUAUUGUAUGUUAGGCUAAAAGAAUUUCUGUUCUUCAACAUUCAUUACACUGUAUUAGAGCUCCAUUUUGCGGCGAGUCACUCUAUGGGGAUGUUGUAUUGUACCUUAUUCUAUGACAUGCUGAAGUUUUAAAAAAUUCG